AUGUCUUGGAGCGGAAAUUCGAAUGCGAGGGAGAUCAAGGUGACGGUGAUCGAGACGCAGUUUGUGCAGACGGACCUGGCCGACUUCAAGGCCGUCGUGCAGCGGCUGACCGGGAGGGAUCAGACGGCAGUGGCGGUGGGGGCCCCACGGGUGGUGCCCCAGAGGCCGCGGGCGUGCAGAGGCCCCCGGUUCGGCUAUGCCGGGGAAGAGGGCUGCACGCAAGGAUGCCGCGGUGAAUGGCCCGCGGCGAAGGCCGAGGAGCCUUUUCUGGAUGAGUUAUAUGAUGCGUUUUGUACUUCUCAUCAAUUAUUGUAGUAGUGUACAUGA